UCCAAAAAUAUAUAUAAUAAAAUAGAAAAAAAUCAAAACGAUAAGGCCAACCUCCCUGUUUUGAUUCCCAUCCCCCGCAAUCCGUACCAUAGCUUUGGUUUUCCUCUCCAUCUCCAAUCCCUCUCUCUUUCUCUCUCAAUGGAUUUCCGGCGAGCUCUCUAGCGAUUCCAGAUCGUGAUCCUGUUCCAUGGAUCCCGACAAUGUCGGCGAGGUGCUGAGGACCUACAACGUCGAUCUCUGGUCCCUGAUCGAUGCCGCCAUCUCCAUGGCCGCCAGGGAUCUCCCCGGAGAGCUUCGCUCCCGCCGUGACUCCAUCGUCAAACGCCUCUACUCACCGGAGCCUUCCCGGUGCCGUAGCUGUGCCGCCGCCGGUGAGGAUCUCGGCCAUCGGAGCAGCGAUGCGAAGGAGAUCUCUAGCCUUGGGGACAGUGAUGCCGAUGAAGGGGAUCUACAUCUACAUCGGGAUCAGGACCAGAACCAUCGGAUCAAUCCUGACUGUCCGAUCGACUCCGAGAAACGCCGGAUCCUCGCCGUCAAAGAACUCCUCGAGGAUCCCGAUCAGAAUGAAGAAGUGCUGGUCAACCGUCUACAGAAGCUGAUCGAUAUGGACAUCACUUUCAAAGCAUUGAAGGAAACGGAUAUUGGGAGGCACGUGAACGGGCUACGCAAGCAUCCCUCCGGCGAAGUCCGGCGAUUAGUGAAGCUCCUCGUCAGGAAGUGGAAGGAUCUGGUGGACGAUUGGGUGAAGUCGAAUUCCGACGCUGCUGAUUCUCCUCAACAAACGGCCGGGAAAAUGAAUCAAAACGAGCACCAGUUGGUGGUUUUCGAUUACUCGCCGAAUCCCCACAAUGGUGGUUUGGUGUUGGAAUCGGAAUCUAGAGGAAAGAAUAUUCCGCGAAGAGAUGCGCCGCCAAAACUCAGCCCACCAGCCACAGUUAAAGCAGUAAAUGAUGAAAAAGAUGGGUUGAUUGAUCCGGAAAGACUGGCAUCAGCAAGAAAAAGACUGCAUGAGAACUACCAAGAAGCACAAAAUGCCAAGAAGCAAAGAACAAUUCAAGUGAUGGAUAUCCAUGAAAUCCCCAAACCGAAGAACUCUUUUCUCCCUAGAAACAAAGGUGGGCCCCAUGGGAAACGCUGGUGACGUGGGAAACGGGAAUCGAGUAUUCGAACGAGAACCACUUUGAAACGUUUCCCCAAGUGUUUGGAAUUUUCUCUUUUUUUUCCAAUGCAACUGUAAUUAUUAAUCUUAAUUUUCUCACUGUUAAGGCAACAACUUAGUUACUGAAUUAGAAUUAUAAUUAUAAUUAGAAAGCUCCCUUGUUCCUA